AUGGCAGACGUUCACUUGCUCAGUCCGUCCUCCUCGCUGCUGUUGCCGGCCUCGGCUUCUUCUCUUGCCGUGGACUCGCUACAACGGUUCCACAGUGUCAAGUCACUCAUUUCAUAUUUUUUCAAAAGAGUCAACACUGAAAAGGAUGCCUCCAAGGCCGUCUUGGUUGUUUUGGGCGAUUUCCACGGCUCCACUGACCCGUUGGACUCCCUUUCCCAUGCCGAUAAGACUUUGCUUUUCCGUUACUUCUUCUCCCACUUGAACCUUGUUGUGGUUGAACUCGAAGCGUUGGAUGAAGCCAGAGUGGCUUCUUUGAAUCAUGCAAUUGCCACCAUCAACUCCUUGGCCGGUCACAGAGUCUCUCGAGUAGAGUUGUGGACCGGAACUGCUCCUCAGUUGGUCAACGACGCCUACCUCGACGACGACUCUUUUGGCCCUGAUGCUACUAAUGCCAUCAGUACAAUGACUUCUGUACUCGGUAGAAGCGCUUCCAAGUCCUCGUCUACUGAACGCCGCCUUCGUGAGCUUCUAGCGUUGGUGAACUCUCAAAUCAACACCAUGGACCUUCUCCUGAACAACGACAGCAAACAUCUCGCCCGUCUUGCCCACUUGGUGGGCCACUGGGCUUUCCCAUCUCACGAACUUUCAAAUGACGAUUUGGCCUAUUGUACGUUUUUAAUGCUUGAGUUUUCUCUUCGGUAUAUUAAAGAGUUGGCCAUGUGGGCUUCCCUUCCCAACCCCACUUCGAAUGAGCUUAUGAUGUUCGUUCUCAUUGUCAGAAACAAUUAUCAGCAUGGUAACCCAUUCCACAACUUCCGCCACGCUGUCGACGUGACGCAAGCUUGCUUUCAUUACCUUAUCAGACUCGGUUGUUUACCUCAAUUUUCCCAGUUCCGUAAGAACCCCAAGGAAGAUGAGCUCGCUGCUUUGAACGAAAAAAUCACAGGAAAUGACUCGCCUACGCUACUAGAUAUGGUGUUUCCUUUGGCUACUAUUCGUCCCGAAGGCGAAGCACUCGUACCACACCUUAACCCCCUCCAAUCACUUGGUUUACUUUUUUCAGCUAUUGGCCACGAUGUUGGCCAUCCGGGUGUCACAAAUGCCUUCUUGAUUAACCACGAGGCAGCAGCAUCUCAAAUCUACAAUGAAAGAUCGGUGCUUGAACUGUAUCACACUUCCGUCUUCAUUAACAGAAUAUUUCGCAUAUGUUUCCCCAAUCUCCUCAAAUUUGUCACCGACACCAAGUCGAAGUUGACGCUCAAAAACCUCAUGAUAGGUAGUAUAUUGGCAACUGACAUGGCAGAGCAUUUCGAAUAUGUUGAUAAGUUGCAGAAGUUCAAACUCACCACUUCCGAUCCUUUAGAUGAUAAAGUGAAACUCAUAUCCUCGCUUUUGAUAAAGUGUGCUGACAUUUCCAACGUUACAAGACCUUUACGUGUUUCUUCGCAGUGGGCUUUAGUGUUGUCAAGAGAACUUGUGGAGCUUGAAACUGUAGAGAAGAAGUUGGCCCACGAGGAAGUGGAGCUUGACUUUACCUAUGAAAAGGUACCUACCAAGUUUGAGGAUGUUUUAAAAAUUUGUCCAAACAUGCAUAAAGGACAGCUCUUUUUCAUAAAGACUUUUGCCGAAGAUCUCUUCAAAAGCAUUCUGGAUUUGUUUCCAGAAUUGGAAUAUACCUGCGAUGUCGCCAUGGAAAAUAAAGAAUAUUGGAUCAAUAGAGAUUCAGAAUUGAGCAGUUGA